AUGUCUGUGAAUCUUCCCGUCCUUGACCAAGGGGUCGGUUAUAGCCUCAUCGUGGGAUUUGGCGCAUUCUUUGCCAUUUCAAUGACCUCCUUGUCCCUUCUACUUGCCCGCUAUAAGUCUCAGAUUCAAACUUCUGAGAUGCUUAUGACUGCCAAUCACUCGCUAAAAGUCGGUUUGAUUGCCUCGGCUGUUGUUUCGUCCUGGACACUUGCAGCGACUUUGUUGAGUUCUACCACAGAGGCAUACCAAUACGGCGUAUCCGGCCCCUUCUGGUACGGAGCAGGCUGCACGAUACAAAUAUUCCUCUUCGCAAUCGCCGCCAUCGAGCUAAAACGCAAGGCCCCACAAGCCCAUACAUUCCUCGAAGUCGUGCGAACUCGCUAUGGCUACCUCGGCCACAUAGUUCUCAUGUGCUACUCGCUAUUCUUCCAGAUUUUCACCAGUGUGAAUCUGUUAGUCGGUGGGUCUACAAUAUUCACCACGAUGACGGGGAUGAGCAGCGAGGCAGCUUGUUUCCUUGUUCCGGCGUUUAUCAUGACAUAUACUAUCUUUGGUGGGAUUAAGGCUGCUUUCUUGACGGAUUGGUUGAAUACGGUGGUUAUUUACGCGAUUAUGCUGGCGAGUCUCUUCGCGGCUUAUGUUUCUUCUUCGGGUGUUAUUGGGUCUCCGGAGCGUCUGUAUAAGCUUCUUCAGGAGGUUGCCACCCUACAUCCAGUCGCAGGAAAUGAGGAUGGGUCUUAUGUGACCAUGAAAAGCGACAAUGGAGGCUACACCGGUUUGGUAUUCAUUGGAGCGGGUUUUGCUGCAGCAGUGGACUCCCAACUCUUUCAGAAAGCCAUCGCAGCAGAUCCUUCAGCAACGCUUUCGGGAUAUAUUCUUGGAGGACUCUGCUGGUUUACUAUUCCUUUCGUCACAGCUACCACGUUCGGCCUCACGGCUGCUGCCACAGAGCAUCUUCCGUCUUUUCCGACAUACCCGAACCGAAUGACCAGUGACCAAGUGAGCUCGGGAAUGGCUAUGCCGUUUGGCGCGAUGGCGCUCUGGGGAAAGGGUGGCGCCGUGGCCAUUCUAAUCAGUGUCCUUAUGGCUGUUACUGCAAAUAUGGCCUCAGAAACCAUCGCCAACAGCGCCCUCGUCACCUACGACAUCUACAAAGCCUACAUAAACCCCGCCGCAACAGGCAAACAACUCGUCCGCGUCUCCCACAUCACCAUAGUCGCCUUCGACCUCGUCGUCCCCUGCAUCGCCAUCGGCCUAAUCCACGCCGGUUUCAACGUCGACUGGCUCCUCAAAGCAAUCGGCAUCUUCGUCGACUCUGCAAUCAUCCCAAUGGCCUGCACGAUCCUAUGGCGGAAACAAUCACGGCUCGCUGUUGUUGGGGCUCCGCUGAUUUCCUCUGCGGCUGCUAUUACGGCGUGGUUGCUUACUGCGUAUACGCAUUAUGGGGAGGUGACGAUUGCGACUACGAGUGAGACGUUUCCGCUUGUGGCGGGGAAUAUGGUGUCGCUUUGUGGGCCGAUUGUUGUGACGCCUGUUUUGACUUAUCUCAGGCCCGAUGAUUUUGAUUGGGGGCUUCUUAAGCAGCUUAAGUCUGACCGCGGUGUUGAGACAUCUAGUACAGUUCAUGAGCACGGAGUUGAGGAUGAUAAGGCUAUGGAUACGCGUCUGAGAAAGUCGAGGAACAAGGCAUGCGCGCUGGCUGCGUUUCUGUGUCUUUCAUUUCUGAUUUUGUGGCCGAUUCCCAUGUACGGCACUGACUACGUGUUCUCACCGGGCUUCUUCAAAGGCUGGAUCGUCAUCGUGUUCAUAUGGGCCUUUUUCGCUGCCAUUACCAUCACCUGUCUACCGAUAUUCGAGAGUCGAGGUGAUAUCGUCGAUUUCGUCAAGUAUAUGCUCGGCAUGAAACGACCGAUGGCGGUAUCUGUGGCAGAGGGUCAUGAUCUGGAUGGGGAAGAAGGCAACACUACCUUCGUUGCAGUGGAAGAGAAAAGCAAGGGUUGAGCAGAGAUGGGACUUUCUAGAAUCCAGAUACAUCAAGAUAAAAUAUACGUGCAUUCAAG